AGAUCACAGCCAGUAGCCUCCUCGCCUAUCUGAUGCAUGCACGCGUCUCCCUAGUCGAUUACGAUUCACCUGGAGGAAAAAAUUAUUCACUGUUCUAUCGACUGUAUGCGAAGCUCGAGUGCCAGACGAGUGUCGAAAUGAAAAACAUGUGUUUGCUCUGAGAGCUGAUCUGACAGCGUCUCUGAAAGUGAGGAAAAAGUUGCCGACAAAUACCGUAGAAUUACGAAUGGGAUUGCGAGUGAGUGGGUAACGGGGCGAGGCACUCGUUUGUGCUCCAAUAACGAGCGGUAUUAAACGAACGGCCAAGAAAAAUGCAACAAAUACGCUGCUUGGAAGUGGGCUGUGAUUACCUUCGAAAAUAUCGAGCAACAAUUAUACUAUCAAACGAUUUUUAUUCUACGAGUGACGGUUCGGAGAUUAAGGCGAAUGGGUAUCUACAGUUGUAGAAAUCCGAUACGUGAGUCUGGACUCUCAUAGAAUCGAUUUUAUCAGUUUUAUUUCGCCUUUUGGAAAGUGGAUUUCUAAGUCGCCCGCCACUUACGAAGCCAUGAAUGGAGCGGAAGCAACAUUCUGGUGGAUCUGUUUCGCGAUUGCGUUCGUCAGAUUCGCUCGAGCCGAGGAGAAAAAGAACUCGGAGGGAUUAAACGAAACUCUACAGUUUAAUAUUUGUCGCGGAGUGAUGGUGUGCGUCGCGAAUGACAAAACGAGCAUCGUGAUAAGAAUGUCCACACUGUUUAAGGGAAACGAAGUAGAGCAGACAAGGAACAACGGCAGAUUGAAAUUGAAAAAGAGCACUCUAAAGAAGAUUGGAAUGGCGUUGAUGAUGGCGCCCGUAAUGAUGCAGUUAAUGUCGCUACCAGCCACAUUGGCAUCCAUAAAAUUCAGUUUGCUGCGAAGUAUCGUUGUGGGAAAGCUUGCGUUGCUCAUGGUACUCUUCAACAUAUUCAGGAAUUCGCAACGACAAGAAGUGGUAGUGGUCCAUAGACCCGAAUACCACGAUCAUUACUAUAACAGUUAUCAUCAACCGGAAGACGACGACGAGGGCUGGUUGGGAGGCAUGUUGUUAAGGAGUCACGAGCAAUAAUAA